UCGGCGGCCGCGGCGUUGAGGUUGAUGUCUUUGGAGGUGACCGGGGCGACCGCAGGGAUGGUGCUAGCAGAAUUGUAUGUCUCCGAUCGAGAGGGGAAUGAUGCUACGGGAGAUGGAACCAAGGAGAAACCAUUUAAAACAGGUUUAAAGGCUUUGAUGACAGUAGGAAAAGAACCGUUUCCUACCAUUUACGUAGAUUCACAAAAAGAAAAUGAGAGGUGGGAUGUUAUUUCUAAAUCACAGAUGAAGAACAUCAGAAAAAUGUGGCACAGGGAACAAAUGAAGAGUGAAUCACGGGAGAAGAAAGAGGCAGAAGACAAUUUGCGAAGAGAAAAGAACCUGGAAGAAGCAAAGAAGAUCGCCAUUAAAAAUGACCCAAGUCUCCCUGAACCAAAAUGUGUGAAGAUUCAUGCAUUGGAAAACUGUAGAGGCCAAAGAGUAAAGGUAUUUGGCUGGGUCCACAGGCUUCGGAGGCAAGGAAAGAAUUUAAUGUUUCUGGUGUUGCGGGAUGGUACAGGUUAUCUCCAGUGUGUCUUAUCGGAUGAGUUGUGUCAGUGUUACAACGGAGUAGUCUUGUCCACUGAGAGUAGUGUUGCAGUGUAUGGAAUGCUAAAUCUUACCCCGAAGGGCAAACAGGCUCCAGGGGGCCAUGAGCUGAGUUGUGACUUCUGGGAACUAAUUGGGUUGGCCCCCGCUGGAGGAGCUGAUAACCUGAUCAACGAGGAGUCUGACGUCGACGUCCAGCUCAACAACAGACACAUGAUGAUCCGAGGGGAAAACAUGUCCAAGAUCCUAAAAGCGCGAUCCAUGGUCACCAGGUGUUUUCGAGAUCACUUCUUUGAUAGGGGGUACUAUGAGGUUACUCCUCCAACGUUAGUGCAGACGCAAGUAGAAGGUGGCGCCACACUCUUCAAGCUGGACUACUUUGGGGAAGAGGCAUUUUUGACUCAAUCGUCUCAGUUGUACCUGGAGACCUGCAUCCCAGCCCUGGGAGACGUUUUUUGUAUUGCACAGUCAUAUAGAGCAGAACAAUCCAGAACGCGAAGGCACCUGGCUGAAUACACGCAUGUGGAAGCCGAGUGCCCUUUCCUGACCUUUGAGGACCUCCUGAACAGAUUGGAGGACUUGGUUUGUGAUGUGGUAGACAGAGUCUUGAAGUCACCAGCAGCGAGUAUAGUGUAUGACCUCAACCCGAACUUUAAGCCCCCCAAAAGACCUUUCAAACGGAUGAACUAUUCAGAUGCUAUCGUGUGGCUAAAAGAACAUAAUAUCAAGAAAGAAGAUGGAACUUUCUAUGAAUUUGGAGAAGAUAUCCCAGAAGCUCCUGAGAGACUGAUGACAGACACCAUUAAUGAACCAAUCUUGCUGUGUCGAUUUCCUGUGGAGAUCAAGUCCUUCUAUAUGCAGCGAUGUCCUGAGGAUUCCCGUCUUACCGAAUCUGUUGAUGUGUUGAUGCCUAACGUGGGUGAGAUUGUAGGAGGCUCGAUGCGUAUCUGGGAUAGUGAAGAAAUGCUGGCAGGUUACAAGAGGGAAGGGAUUGACUCCACCCCCUAUUACUGGUAUACAGAUCAGAGAAAAUAUGGCACAUGUCCUCAUGGAGGCUAUGGGUUGGGCCUGGAGCGCUUCUUAACCUGGAUUCUGAAUCGGUAUCACAUCCGCGAUGUGUGCUUGUAUCCUCGAUUUGUGCAGCGCUGCAAGCCUUAGCCGACUCUUCCUAAGCCAGAAGGAAGGGACAUGCUCACGAGAGGAGCAGGUUGCUUCUUUCAGCAAAAAUAAAAAGCCAGACUCUGUCCUUUUUUGUUCCAUCGAGGCAUAUCUGUUUUGGUUUUCUCUUUCUGUUUUUUGAUUCCUGCUAUCAUAAAAAGUAGACCAAAUUACUUGGAGUAUCAAGUGACGUUUAUGUUGCCAUUUUAAGAAGAAAUAUCCAUUACAAAGUUUGGGGGAAGAAUGUGGUAUGUAACUCUGUAGUUAUGGAUACAUUCAGGAUUUUGUCCAAUUAUCAGUCAUGAUCUUUGGAUUAUAUAUAAUAUAUAUACAAUUAAGCAGCUUUAAGUGAUGGUCAUUUCAGUAACUUAAUCUUUCUGUCUUUUUAAGUGUAACUGGAAUGUCUUAUUUAAUUGCAUCAGUGAGUUACAACAAACAUCUUGGGGUGGAUAUUGGCAAUACGGUGUAAAAAUCUGCUGGUAUUAGAAUCAGGGCACAAUUCAGUAGUAGCUAUUUCAAUCAAAUGAAUAGUCUUUUGUAUUAGCUAUUAAUCUUUUAUAAAUCUGCAUAGCUACUUAUAAUUCUGAGGCAUAAGAAUUGACAUGGAAGAAUUUGUAAAAAUGGAAUUGACCUAAUGAAUUUGAAGUAAAAGCAUAAUUUUUGAGCGUUAGUUUAACCCAAAGAGACAGACCGAUCUUCCCUCUUUCCUGGUAAUUCCUAAGUAAUUAAGAAUAAACAAGUUCCAAAAGAAUUUGCAGCCAGAAUCCUAAUAAAGCCUGUAAGUGACUGUUUGAGGGCCUCCACCACGUCCUUAGAUCUAAUCUUUGCCACCUUAUUAACUCACAGCAGGCUCAUUGAAUGGCUUCAUUUCAGAUUUAGUUAAUGUCUCCCCCAAAUGCAUGUCCUGUAUUCUCAAUAGGCUGUAUUCCAGCAAUCAAUAAAUGAAUACACGUAAAAACUC